CAAACAUUCCCCAAAUGAUUUCCUAUCGAUCUAUAAAUGGUCCCCUAUUCCCUAAAUAUCCAUUUCUGUAGCUAGCUAAUUCACGAAAUACCAUGUACUACGUAGCUAGUGUGAUUUGAUUUACAUGAAUAUAUAGCUAAACAAAUAAACAAUAGUUAAGCUACUAAUAGUCAUAUAACAUGGAUUCCAACCAUGCAUUAUUCCAAGAAGAACCCAAAAGUACCAAUAAUAAUAACAAUGGUGAUGACAUGGAGCAGCAACGAGAGAACAAGAAGAACAAGAAGAUGGCCGCCGGCGCCGGUGGGUUUCACUACGCGAAACGGGCGCCAUGGCUUCGAGCAGCGGUUCUCGGUGCCAACGACGGUUUAGUCUCGACGGCGUCGUUGAUGAUGGGCAUCGGAGCCGUAAAGCAAGACAUAAAAGCCAUGAUCCUGACAGGCUUUGCCGGCAUGGUUGCCGGAGCAUGUUCCAUGGCCAUCGGAGAGUUCGUCUCCGUCUACUCCCAGCGCGACAUGGAAGUUGCUCAACUGAAUAGAAACAAGAACUCAACGCCGGAGGAGGAAGAAGGGAACGGUGAGGAUACGGAUCACGUCGUUUUGGCAAAUCCCAUGCAAGCGGCGGCGGCGUCGGUGGUGGCUUUCGUGGUGGGAGCCAUGGUGCCGUUGCUGGCGGCGUCGUUCAUAACGGGUUACAAGGUGAGGGUGGGAGUGGUGGUUGCGGCAGUCACGGCGGCGCUGGUGGGUUUUGGGUGGCUGGGAGCGGCUUUGGGCGGUGCACCCAGGGUGAAAGCCGCCGCUAGGGUUUUGCUCGGCGGGUGGGUGGCCAUGGCGAUAACAUCCGGAUUAACAAAGUUGAUCGGUUUUAAAGGUGAAUAAACGAUAUCGUAAUUAAUACGGUGUGAGAUUUACAAGUAUUAAUUGGGCGCACUUUGCAUGUUUUCUCGAAUCAUAUCCUGGACGGAACGUAACGGUUGCUUCCCUUGAAUUGCUACCUUACCCAAUGGGACCAAGCUAGAUCAACAUUAUUAAUUUCCUCUAAAAUACUCCGUAUCAUUUACUCAUGUUUUUUUGGUAUAAUAAUGAUACUUUCAUAGUCCCACCCAUGCAUAUACAGAUACGGAGUAGUUGUACCCGGUGGGGCGCUGUAUAUUCGAAGGCCUAGAGCGGAAUAAUGUAAAAUGGGUCUAAGUUUAAAAAAAAAAAUUGUAACUCUCGUUUCUGUCUAAAUUAAAUUGCAAAAUAAUAAUAUUUGACGACCUUUAUAAUAAAGAAAAUACUUGAAUUCG